GGUCAGCGCGCCGGUCGUCCGGGCAACGCGGGAGCCGGGCGGCCGCGGGCGCCGCUUGGGUCGUGGGGGGCCGCCCACCCUUGUGCGCGCCGCCGGGUAAGAAGGCGCGGCCCGCCCGCCCCCGCCGCGGAGUCGCCGGGAGCCGGAGCCGGCCGGCCGGCGUCGGAGCAUCUCCGCCAUGAAGCCCAACUUCUCGCUACGACUGAGGGUCUUUAACCUCAACUACUGGGGCAUUCCUUACCUGAGCAAGCACCGGGCCGAGCGGCUGACGCGCCUCGGGGACUUUCUCAACAUGGAGAGCUUCGACCUGGCCCUGCUGCAGGAGGUGUGGAGCGAGUACGACUUCCAGUACCUGAAACAGAAGCUGUCGCCUACCUACCCAGCCGCACACUACUUCCGGAGCGGCAUCAUUGGCAGUGGCCUCUGUGUCUUCUCCAAACACCCAAUCCAGGAACUCACGCAGCACGUCUACACGCUCAAUGGCUACCCGUAUAUGAUCCAUCAUGGAGACUGGUUCUGUGGCAAGGCCGUGGGCUUGCUGGUGCUGCAUCUGAACGGACUGGUGGUCAACGCCUAUGUGACCCACCUCCAUGCCGAGUACAGUCGCCAGAGGGACAUCUACCUAGCACAUCGCGUGGCCCAAGCCUGGGAACUGGCCCAUUUCAUCCAGUGUGUGAGCCUGGGCUUACAGGGGAAGUGGGAUGGGGGGCCAGGGGCCACAAGGAAUGUUGGGACCCCACUUAAACAGGGCAAAAACGGUGAGGGAAGAAUGCCUUCCUCCCCCAGCCACACGUCCAAGAAGGCAGACGUGGUCUUGUUGUGUGGAGACCUCAACAUGCACCCCAAAGACCUGGGCUGCCGCCUGCUGAAGGAGUGGACGGGGCUAUGCGAUGCCUACCUUGAGGCCCAGGACUUCCAGGGUGCUGAAGAUGGCUGUACCAUGGUACCUGGGAACUGCUAUGUCAGCCAGCAGGACCUGGAGCUGUUUCCCUGUGGCAUUCGCAUCGAUUACGUGCUCUACAAGGCUGUUUCCGGACUCUGCAUCUCCUGCAAGACUUUCAAAACCACCACGGGCCAUGACCCGAACCACGGCGGCCCUCUCUCCGAUCAUGAGGCCCUGAUGGCCACUCUGUGUGUGAGGCACAGCCCUCCACAGCAAGAUCCCAGCCCCACCUCUGGACCAGGAGAGAAGUCUCCGCUGACCGGUGUGUUAAGGGAGGCGUGGAGCGAGCUGGGGCAGGGAAUGGCCCAGGCUCGCUGGUGGGCCACCUUUGCUAGCUAUGUGAUUGGUCUGGGGCUGCUUCUCCUGGCGUUGCUGUGUGCACUGGCAGCCAGAGAAGGGGCUAAAGAAGUGGCCAUACUGCUAUGGACCCCCAAUGUAGGACUGGUGCUGGGGGCAGGAGUUGUCUACCUCUUCCACAUCCAGGAGGCCAAAGGCUUAUGUAGGGCCCAGGCUGAGCUCCAGCACGUGCUGGGACAGGCAAAAGAGGCCCAGGAGCCGGACCAAGAGCGUGAGGCAGCUCCACUCCAGGGGCUACGGGAGGGGGAAGGACUGAAAGAGCAAUAAAGUUGAACAAUUGA